AUGGAGACAGCUGUAAGAAAGGCAACCAGACUUGACUACAAUCCACCGAAACAGAAGCAUUUGCAGACUUUAAUUAGCUUGACUUUUCAGAGUCCUGGAAAUGCUGCUAGUAUCAUUGAUUUGCUCGAUAGAAGGCUGAGAGAAAACUCGUGGAUUAUUAUAUUCAAGGUGUUGAUCAUUAUCCACACUUUGAUGCGAUUGGGAGAUGGCGAGAAGGUGAUAUCCUACGUCGAGACAAAGCCAUCCGCCUUGGACACAAGCAAGUUGAGAGAGAAAUCCUCGGGGGUGGUACACAUUCAGAACAUCUACCUAUAUACUGCUUAUUUGGAGCAGAAAGUGAUUGCUUACCGUCAUCUACGAGUAGAUUAUGUAAAAAACACCAUGGGAAGCAAAGAGGGACGAUUGAGACAUUUGUCCGUGAAAGAUGGACUAUUAAAGGAGACAGUGGUAUUACAAAAGCAAAUUGGCACACUCUUGAAGAGCAAUUUUAUUCUGGAGGAUGUGGACAACAAUAUCAGCUUGUACGCCUAUCGAUUACUCGUGGAAGAUUUACUGGUCUUGUUUCAGGUCAUCAAUGAAUCGAUCGUCAACAUUUUGGAGCAUUAUUUUGCCAUGGAUAAAUCAGAUGCUAGAAUGAGCCUCGAGAUAUACAAGCGAUUUGCAAAGCAAACGGAGGACACCAUCUCUUUUUUGGAUAGAGCGAGAAGACUACAAAAUGAUUUGAAUAUUUCGAUCCCUACAGUCAAGCAUGCUCCUUUAUCGCUGGCAGCUGCUUUGCAAGAGUACCUCGAUGAUGCAAGCAAGAGCAGUAGUCAUAGCAAAGCUCAGGGACAGAUGAAUAACAGUUCAACGCCACCACAACAGCAACAGGCAGCAUCCAACACGAUCAGCUUUAGUACGAAUGCUCAACCUCAGCAGCAGCCAAAAGAAUUGAUUGAUUUCUUUGCAAGCCUCGAAAAUGAAAAGGCAAAUAUAUUCUACAAUCCAGUGAUCCAACAGCAGCCACAGCCAUCCUCCAUGUUUGCGCCUCCUUCACUGAUCGCUGCUCAACCCACUGGCCACAAUCCCUUCAGAACAAACCCAAUGGAUAAUAGUAUGCAACAGCUCAUGAUACAGCCUCAGCAAUCCACUUCAUCCAUCUUACCAACGUUGGGUAGUCAAGUGCAGCAGCAGCAAGCUAACCCCUUCCGAGCAAGCACAAUGCCUCAAAUGAGCACCUCUUCCCCUACACCUUAUUUUAAUCAUAAUAGCUUUAGCAACAACAACAACAACAACAACAACAGCGCUUUCUUUAUGCAACAGCCACCUCAACCACAACACACCUUGAGUAGUAAUAACAACCCAUUUGCGCUGUCUAGUCAACCACCACAGCAAAUUAUGGUGGCAUCACCUAGCACGAUGAACAGCAAUAACCCUUUUAGUAACAGCAAUGUCAAUGCUGCUUUGAUGCAGCAACGCUAA